CCCCCCCCCCCCCCGCCCCUUCCCCCUCCUCCUCGUCUCUCGUUCUCGCUGCGACGAACCCUAAAUCCCUUCCCUCUUCCAACUCUGCUCCUCGAUCGAGGAAGAGUCGAUCGCAGAAGACCAGGAACGCUUGCCCCUUCGCGCUCUUUUGCUCUGAUCCGAGGAUAGGCUGUCAUGGCUGACGACGAGCCGCAGCCCCUUAACUAUGUCCAAGAGACAGUGUUGAAGAAAAGAAAAAACAAUGAGGAAUGGGUUAUCAAGAAAAGGGAGCGAUUAGCAGAGCGAAAGAAAAGUAAAGAAAGCUUGAAGCCUGCCAUUAAAAGGCCUGAAGAGUUUGUCAAAGAAUAUCGUGACAAAGAGCUGGACUUUGUUCGCAUGAAGCAGAGGCUAAAGCUACGGAAAUCUUCCAAUGAUGCCAUAAAGUCUAAGUUACUUUUUGUUAUUCGCAUCCAUGGAUCAAAGGAUAUGCAUCCCCGGACAAGACAAAUCUUAAAUAAGUUGCGGUUGAGACAUAUCUUAAGUGGUGUAUUUCUGAAAGCCAAUGAAGCAAAUUUGAGAAUGCUUCUGACUGUAGAACCGUUCAUUACUUAUGGUUAUCCUACUUUGAAAAGUGUGAGGGAGCUUGUUUACAAGAAGGGCUGUGGAAAUAUAGAAAAGGAGAGGACUCCUCUUACUGACAACAACGUCAUUGAGCAGGCACUUGGGAAGUAUGGUAUCAUCUGUCUUGAAGAUGUCGUGCAUGAGAUCGCCACAGUGGGAUCACAUUUCAAGGAGGUUACCAGCUUCCUGUGGCCAUUCAAGCUUAAAUGCCCAGAACGCAGAUUACAGAUGAAGAAAAAGCUCUACAAGGAGGGUGGCGAUGCAGGCAACCGUGAAGAUCACAUCAAUGAGCUCAUUGAUAAGCUGAACUAAGAGGGAUGAGCUUGUGGUGGUCCAUGUCAAGCAUGGAUGACAUCAAUUAAACUAGUUUUGCCAGACUUUUUAGCUUUUUAUGGCUUGGAAAAGUAUUUUGUGGAAAUCAGUAAUGUUGUAUUCCCUGGCAUCUUUUUGUUUUCUUCUUUUAACAUCAAAAUCAUAAUCGUCUUGUCUUUUUGACUCUUUUAACAUCCUCAAUAGAUUCUUCCACUCGUCAUGUUCAUAAUUUUGUUUUAAUGAUCAUCUUUUUUCA